AUGGCGACACCUGAGGAGCUCGCUGAGCUCUCUGAAGCCCGUAGAGAGUUGGCCGCUACGCGCCGUUCCCUCCGGGAUACUCGCGAGGCUCUCAACAACAUCAUCUCCGACGAGAAGGAUGAUACUCAGCAGCUUAUGAGCGACCUCGCGUCCAAGGAGGCCAGUAAUCUUUCUAAGAUAGGUAGCCUCGAGGCCCGUAUUGCUGAACUUGAGGCCCUGGCUGACCGAUCCGUCAGCGAGAUAUCACGGAAGGAAGGUUUCAGUCGACUCUCUCCACGGUCCGAGGAGGAGGAGCAUGAGGUGUAUACCACUCCGAAGUCACGCUCCUCACGAUGCCCGGCAGCGACAGUGACUAAGUUAUGUCUGCCUCACUCUGUGAAGCAACAGAUCUCCAAUCGCACUAUCAUGCUAUUGAACACACCUUCGUUGAAGCAGGAGCCGCUGAGUAUCACCAGCAAGGACAUUUGCUAG